AUGACGAAGACAAAUGGAACCACAGUGCCUGGAUUCCUCCUCGUGGGGUUUUCUGACCGUCGUGAACUGCAGCUCUCACAUGCUUUCUGGUUCUUAGUGAUGUACCUAAUGGCCUUAGUAGGUAACUUCAUCAUUGUCACCAUCACCACAUUGGACCCUCAUCUCCAAUCUCCAAUGUAUUUCUUUCUGAAGCACCUUUCCCUUCUGGACCUCUCUUUUAUUUCUGUCACAGUCCCAAAGUCCAUUAGCAAUUCCCUCACAGGCAACAGCUAUAUUUCCUAUGCUCAAUGUGAACUGCAGGUUUACUUCUUCACGUCUUUGGGCUGGGCUGAAUUGGCCAUUCUCACGGUGAUGUCUUAUGACCGCUAUGUAGCCAUUUGCUUCCCACUGCACUAUGAACUCAUGAUGGAUCCCAGAAAAUGUACAAGAGCUGUGAUAGCUGUAUGGGUCAGCGGAGGUAUCACGGGAACUUUGUACACAGCUACCACACUUUCUAUCACAUUCUGUAGAGACAAAGUAAUUCACCAGUUCUUCUGUGAUAUCCCCCAACUGAUCAAGCUCUCCUGCUCCAAUGAUUAUCUUACAGUCAUUGGAGUUGUUGUGUUCAUAUCUCUGGCAGCCUUAGUCUGUUUCAUCUCCAUUGCCCUCUCCUACAUCCACAUAUUCUCCACAGUUCUAAGAAUACCCUCUGCUGAAGGCCGGUCUAAAGUCUUCUCCACUUGCCUGCCCCACCUUUGUGUUGUGUCAUUUUUCCUCUCCACAGGCAUGUGUGCAUAUCUCAAACCAACCUCAGACUACUCAACUGACUUAGAUAUUUUACUUUCUAUCUUUUACACAGUAAUUCCCCCAACAGUCAACCCUGUUAUCUACAGUCUGAGGAAUGAAGCCAUGAAGAGAGCCAUACAGAAGUUAGUGUUGGAUAGAAAAUUCACUGAGAAAUAA